CUUUGCCUCAUCAAGUCAUGCAUUGAUGCUUAAGCUAUUUGUUCAGGUCACAUGUCGUUCGCUCGGAGUUAUUCUUGAGGAAAGUAGUCCUGAGGAGCUUCAGAAACGAGCAACUGUAAGAUCCUCUGUGUCGGAAGUACUUUUGCAGAUCACCAAAUUUUGUGAUCUUUAUCUCAUGGAAACAGUUCUUGAUGAUGAGAGUGAGAAAAGAGUUCUUCAGGCCUUGGAGUAUGCUGGAGUGUUUACUUCAGGUGGUCUGAUCGAGGAGAAGGAAUAGACGCCGAGUAGUGCCGCGCCACCACCAUGAAAUCAAGAGCAGCAGGAGAAGCGUGGACUACAACUCGGGAUUGAGAGUUUGCCGUCGCUGCCUUUGCCAGAAAAAUCCGUAGAGCAUUCUCGAGCUUGAGAGAAGAAGCAAUCUCCAAAUGGAAGUCGUCCGCCCAAUUGACAAGAAGUGCGCUCCUAAAAUCUCCGCCCUCCUCCAAGCCCCUCCUCCUCGAGAAAUCCAGGUAAUGCUCCUCUACUCCUUCAUUGAUCCUUUUUCGAACGAGCAAGUUGUUGCAAUCUUAGAAUAGAAGGAAUGAGUCACUUUCGCGUCCCUUUGCAUUUGCAUCAUCACGAUGCGACCGCCGUGUUUCUCCU